AUGCAUCGGCAAUCGGUCGUUCGGCUUGCCCGCCAGUUCGGGGGCGUGCAGGUCGUUGAAUUACCUCCUCCAUAUCUUGCGCCGUCGCUUCACUUUUCCCUCAUCCGGUCGCCCAUCCAGUGUUCGAGCUUUUCGUCGACGGCCGUGGCCUCUGGCCGAGACGCGAACAAGGUCCGCGCCGUGUCUGCGAUCCAUCGGACGGGCCCGAAGUUUCCCUUGGGAGUGUCGAAAUACCCAUUGCCAAAGCCCGUGUCGCCAGAUGCGAUCGAACGACGCAGUCCGACCCCUAACCACGGUCUCUGGGGUUUCUUCCCCCCAGAUAAACAAGCUCUGAGCACGCCCGAGUACGACGGUGCUCAUGGCCGUUCCUGGUCCAUUCAAGAACUCCGCGAAAAGUCCUGGGAAGACCUCCAUUCUCUGUGGUGGGUGUGCGCUAAGGAACGGAACCGCAUUGCUACGUCCAACCUGGAAAGGGAACGGCUGAAGGCUGGGUAUGGAGAAUACGAGGCGAACUCUCGCGAUAGAGCGAUCCGAGUCACUCAGAAGAGUAUCAAGCACGUUCUGAGAGAACGUUGGUACGCCUGGGAGGAGGCUCAGGCACUUUACAAUAAGGGUUACCGACCCCCAACCGAUGAGGAAGAACCGGGGCAAUAA